AUGGCCGAAUCUUUUUUUUCUGACAUUUGCUUGCUGUCGUACCUAAAGGAGCUGAGGAAGAAUGAGUUCUGGAAAUUUAAGGAGCUCCUCAAGCAAGAACCCAAACAAUCUGACCUCGGGCCGAUCCCAUGGCCAGAGCUGAAGAGGGCUUCCAAAGAUGAUCUGGCCAAGUUGCUAUGCAGGCAUUACCCAGGCAAACAGGCCUGGGAAGUCGCCCUGAGGCUGUUUCCUCAGGUCAAUCGGAGAGACCUCUGGGCCAAGGCCGGGGAUGAGAUCAGAAGUCAGAUCAACCCGUAUAAAAGCCACAUGAGGAAAAAGUUCUCUGACAUAUGGCAGAACGAGACGUGCCUGGCGGUGCCAGAGAGCUUCCACGCGGAGUCCACCAAGACUGAAUAUGAGAGGCUGAGCGAGGCGUUUGCGGCCGACAAGGUGGGCGAGCACUCGGUCACGGUGGCCCUGGGCAGCGCGAAGGCGACCGGGAAGACCACGCUGCUGAGGAAGGUGAUGCUGCAAUGGGCCGAGGGCAACCUCUGGAAGGGCCGGUUCACCUUUGUCUUCUUCCUCAACUGCUGCGAGAUGAACAUCAUCGACAAGACCAGCCUGGUGGAGUUCCUCUCCAAGGACUGGCCCGAGUCUUCCGAGCCCAUCCACGACGUCUUCUCCCGGCCCGAGAAGAUCCUGUUCAUCAUAGACGGCUUGGAGGACCUGAAAGUCGACAUGGGCCUGGACGACGACCUGUGCAGCGGCUGGGAGCAGCCGGGGCCGGUCCACGUGGUCCUGCGGAGCCUGCUGCAGAGGACGCUGCUGCCGGAGGCCUCCCUGCUGGUCUCCCUGAGCGGGGAGUGGCUCAGGAAGUUCAACUACCUGCUGCGCCACCCGGUGUUCGUCUACCUCCCCGGGUUCUCGGGCCACUUCAAGUGGCUCUAUUUCUCCCGGUUCUUCCAGGACACGGACCAGGCCGACCAGGCCUUCAGUGUGGUGAGUGGCCACAAGCCACUGUUCACCCUGUGCCAGUACCCCCUGGUGUGCUGGCUGGUGUGCGAGUGUCUGAAAAAGCAGCUGCAGAGAUGCCAGCCCCUGGGGGUGAACUCCCAAACCACCACGUGUAUCUACUCCUCCUUCCUCACCAACGUGUUCCAGCCGGAGUGCACGGGCUGGGCGCUGGGCCACUGCCACAGCCGCCUCAAGUGCCUGUGCGCCUUGGCGGCCGAGGGCACGUGGGCUGGCCGGUUCGCCUUCCAGCCCUCGGACCUGGACGAGAACACGGUGUCGGAGGCCCACGCCCUGGCCUGGGUGAGAAUGGGGCUCCUGCGCCAGAACGGGAGCCGCUGGGUCUUCCCGCACCAGUCCUUGCAGGAGUUGUGCGCCGCUCUGUGGUACCUGCUCAGGCUCCCCCGGGAGCCGCAGCACCCCCGCAUCUGCAGCGCCACGCAGCUGGUCACGGCCACCAUGACCGAGGCCCCCUUCUACCUGAAGGACACGGCACUCUUUCUGUUCGGGUUCGCCACGGAGCGGGUGGCCGGCCUGCUGGAGGCGGCCUGGGGCUUCGAGCUGGCCGCGAGCCUGCGGGAGGAGAUCACGCAGUGCCUGCAGGGCCUGAGCCAGCAGGUGGCCCGCGGCGAGCUGCAGAUCAACUUCCAGGAGCUGUUCAACUGCGUGUUUGAGACGCAGGACCCCGGCUUCGCCACACAGGUGAUGAGCAUGUUUCCGGACAUUGACGUGUGCAUCAGCAAACCCGACGACCUGAUGACCUACGCCUGCUGCCUCCAGUACGCCCUGAACCUGCAGACUCUCCACCUGAGCGUAGAGGACGUGUUCUCGGAAGACUCCAGAGGCCUGUUAGACAAAGACCGGAAACUCUCCUACUGGCGGGCCCUGUGCUGCGUGUUCACCAACAGCAGGGACUUCCAGAUGCUGGAUUUGGACAACUGCAUUUUCAACGAGGCCUCCCAGGCGAUCCUCUGGAAGGCACUGGCUCAGCCCACUUGCAAACUUCAAAAGUUGGUGUACAACUUUGCUUCCAACGUGGGAGAGAGCGCAGACUUCUUUAAGGCCCUGGUUCACAACCCCAACCUGACCUACCUGAACCUGCACGGCACCAACCUGUCCUCCGAGGAGGUCGCGCAGCUGAGCGAGGCGCUGAGGCACCCCAUGUGCAGCAUCCAACAGCUCAUCUGGGGCAAGUGCGACAUCACCGAUGAGGCCUGCGAAGACAUCGCGCUGCUCCUGGUGAGCAGCCGGAAGCUGAAGCUGGUGUCGCUGAUGGAGAACCCGGUGAUGGACAGCGCCCUGCUGCUCAGCGAGGCGCUCAAGCACCCGGACUGCGCGCUGGAGUCGCUGCUACUGACAUACUGCUGCCUCACCUCUGACGCCUGUGACUACAUCGCCCAGGCCCUCGUGCGGAGCACCACUCUGUCCCUUCUUGAUCUGGGGUCCAAUUUCCUGGAAGACAGUGGAGUGAAGCUUCUCUGUGAAGCAUUGAGGCAGCCAAGCUGCAACUUACAGCAGCUGUGGUAG